AUGAAGAUCACAAUAUUGCUCUGUGCUGUGACUGCUAUAGCAGUAGCUGUACCUACUCAUCAUCACGAAAAUCUUCAAGAGGAGUCUACGCUGGAAAAUCUUUCCACCACCAUACAACGAGAGAAGAAAUCACCGCUCCAAGAUCACCAUGCUGCUGAGAAGACACACGAAGCUGGAUCAGAAGAUAUAUUGGCUUCCAAAUCAGGCCAUAGGGUACCUAUGGAAGGAAGAAGCCUGGGCUUUAAAAAACCCAUAAUUGUGAAGAAGAAAAUUGGCUACCAUGUUUAUCGUGACUCCGAUGAAGAAAUGGCGCAUGCUGACCCACACGAAAACUGCAGCAAGCAAAUUAAGGUGAAACUGUGCGACGAGGAAUCGGGUUUACACAAAAAUAUGGGCGCUUGCCUCACAUCGAAACGAUUGAACGAGGAAAUCACCGAGAAAGAAAUUGAAAAUAGUAUCAAAAAAGCAAAGGAAGCUGUAGAAAAUUUGCAACGUGGACUUCAUAGAAUGGAACAUAGCUCAGCAAAACUAGCUAACACAAAGGACAAAGAACUAGAUGACGAUUUGGAAGUACAUCAACACAUCGAAGCAGCAAGAAAGGCGUUAGAACACGUUCAGAAAAAUUUUGGAAAUCUUGAUACUUUAGGCUUACAAGCACCAACAAUUGAAGAACUUCAGGAAAAAUCUACUGACGAGGAAAGACUAGCUCAAUGGAAAGAGGCGAUCGAUAAUAUUCACAAAAACUUUGAAAUUGCUAGAAAUAUAGAAGAUGCUUUCAAGACUGAUUCUGAGCAGACAAACUUAAAAGCUACUCAUACAAGUUAUUCUUCGAAAAUAAGGGAAAGUGAGCACAAAGAAUUGGAUAUUGAACCACACCACAAAUCUAACACUGCUAGUUUAAGCAAUGUAGAAUUACAACCAGAGGGAUUGGACGCGUUCAAAAAGCAAAGAGAAAAUGAUGACAUGGACUCUGAUAUGUUUACGGCUCCAACAGAACACAAGGAAUCAAAAAUUAAAUUACACAGUGACAGUCUGAAGACUGAAAACAAACUUGAAGAAUCCUUAAAAAAUCAUGAAACUGAAACAAGAAAUGUAGAAAAAUUGAACGAACCCACAUUAACAAUGAAAAGUGCUAUAAUUUUACCGUUAGCUGGAGAAUCUUUAAAAAUAGAAGAUACGAAAUCUGAAAAUCAUAAAGAAAUCCCUGACCACGUUCAUCAACAGCAAUCUAAAGCUGUAAAAGAAGAAGAAAACUCAGAAAGCAAAAAGCUUAAAACUUCAGAAGACAUCACUCAUGACAUGGACUUGAAAACGGAGAAAAACGCUGUAUUGGGCAUAGAUGAAAUGACUCCAUUAAGUUUGGCGAAAUCUGCUCAUAUCGAGAGUUUAGACAAAUCAACAGAACACCAUGAGCAUGAUAUGUCUGUUGAAGCCAGCGAUAUUAGUUCACACCAAAGUCACUUGGAGAUGAAGCACAGUACAAAUACUGAAAUAGAAAAAUCUACUCAUAAGGACGAUUCUACCGUGGCUAUAUUAGACCACUCAUUGAAAUCAAAAUCAGUAAAUAAUGUUGACGAGCUUCACAAGAAUAUGGGACGUAUGAGCCAUGGAAUACCGGAAAUGACAAAUGAAAAGGAAACAGGCACGCCACAUCAUACGCACAUGAACGAUUUUAAUGCGAACAUAGCUCAAGAUAAGCUAAGAAACUCAGAAGGGAAAACAUUAAAUGGUCAACAUAUCUUUAGUGAAGCGUCUCAUCACAUGCGGUCUGAAGAUGAAAACACCAGCAAAUUCACGCCAACUAAAGGAUUUGAUAAUGAACAGCAUUCUAUGAAUCCACAUUCAAUUAUGAGAAUGAUUGAAGACCAGAAUGAAGAACACACUGCAAAUGAAAUGCAUAACUUGCACAAUCUUAAUGAUCAUACAGGUAUGAGAAUGACUGAAGAUCAGAAUAAAAUUAAUUCAUUUUUAAUGCGUUGGGCACACGAAAAUCAACAAAGACUUCAAGAAUCUCCAUUAUCACUAGAAGAACAACUCGCUACUAUUUCGAAAUUGGGAGAGUUUCACAAUGGUCAAAACGAGCACUCUAACAUGCGAAUGAAUCUAGAUCACAACGCAGGACAUCAUUUUAGUGAUAAUCACGAACAAGAAUCAAAACAAUGGGCUCAAGAAAACCAGGAUCAGAAGUUUCGUGACAUGUUCUCAAUGCGAUUAGCUCAAGAGAAACAACAAAACGACCAUCUCAAGACAAUGCCAGAAUUUCAUAAUGGCCAUAUGCACGACGCUCAGAACAGAUUUCCACAAAAUUUAGUGAACACUCACGAUUUGUCACAACUUGGACCAAUAAUGCAUGAGCGUUUACAUUCCAUGAAAAAUGUUAUGGCAUCGGAUAUGGACAGCGCGAUGCAGCCAAGCAUGCAUAUGAGUAUGAGGGACUCUAUCGGAAAGCCAGUUCAUGAUCGUCAUGACAUGCAUUGGAAUCAUCAUCACCAUGCAACGGCUAGAUACGGUGCAGGCUUGCCUAUUACCGCUGCCAGCCCCGGUGCAGUUGGUUUGUUUCCCAAUGCAAACACAGGAGGCUGUGGCAUCCCGCUGAUGUUAAGCUGCUCGCCCAAUGUCGUUUCUGGAACUUUGGCUAAAGCCCAACCUCAUCCUGGAUCAGUCUCAGCACCAGCUUACAGAUCUGACGACAACCUCAUGUAUUAUAUGAAGCGAGACGCGAAGAAUACCGAUGACUUGCCAACGAUCAAGAUUCAAAAGUCAACGUUACCCUUCAAUCACAAAUCUGAAUUGAUUUUCGAUAAAACGCAAUAA